AUGCAUCUACCGUCCAAUUCUCAGAGGUUAUCGACCCGAAUUGAAAUCGUGUCUUAUCUCUUCCGCACUUCUGUCGGCGGCAUUGAUAUUUUUUCUUUCAUAUCCUCUGCACAUUCUAUCUUCUCUCGCUUUCUACGCACCGACCGUGAUCUCUUUCUUUCUUUCUUUCUUUCUUUCUUUCUUUCAAAAUCUCAAUUCUUCCCAUCUUUUAUUACGUAUUCUUUAUUUCUUUUUCUUUUCUUUCUUUUUUUAACAUUUGAACCACUCCAGUUUUUAUUUCUUUGUCUUUCUUUCGUUGUCUUUCUUUCUUUCUUUCUUUCUUUCUUUCUUUCUUUCUUUUCUUUCAAAAUCUCAACUCUUCCCAUCUUUUAUUACGUAUUCUUUAUUUCUUUUUCUUUUCUUUCUUUUUUAACAUUUGAACCACUCCCGUUUUUAUUUCUUUGUCUUUCUUUCUUUCUUUCUUUCUUUCUUUCUUUCUUUCUUUCUUUCUUUCUUUCUUUCGUUCAAAAUCUCAACUCUUCCCAUCUUUUGUUCCGUAUUCUUUAUUUCUUUUUUCUUUUCUUUCUUUUUGAACAUUUGAACUACUCCUGUUUUUAUUUCUUUGUCUUUCUUUCGCUGUCUUUCUUUCUUUCUUUCUUUCUUUCUUUCUUUCUUUCUUUCAAAAUUUCAACUCUUCCCAUUUCUUGUCCCGAAUUCUUUCUUUCUUUUUUCUUUUCUUUCUUUCUUUUUUUACCAUUUAAACUAAUCCCAUCUUUUAUUUCGUUGUUUUUCUUUCUUUCUUUCUUUCUUUCUUUCUUUCUUUCUUUCUUUCUUUCUUUCUUUCUUUCUUUCAACAUUUGA